AUGUACCGGCACGUCACCGCCACCGUCACCGCCAGCGUCCGCCUCCGGCCCGGCCGCGCCUGGGCUCCGGCAGCCGCCGCGGCGCCUCCCGGUCCGGCCCCGCCGCGCCGCCGCUACCGAGCGCGGCCGCAGGACCUGGAGCCCCCCCUGGUUCGGGGCCCGGCCCUGGCGCUGCUGCCCCCCCCGCGCUGCCCCCCCCGGCCCCCCGGGACCCCCCCCCGGGGGCUGGAGGGGCUCGGGGGGGUGACCACGGUGGACGGGCGGCGCGAGGACGACAUCGACGUCAGGGACCCCCCCUUGGGGGGGCGGCUGCUGCUGGGACCCCCCCCCAGCCCCGGGACCCCCCCCGGGCCGAAGGGGCGCGGGGGGAACCCCCAGAGCCCCCCCCCGUCCAUGGAGGAGCACCUGGCCAGCAUGGCCGAGAGGCUGCGGCACGAGCUCCCCAAUUUCUUCCUGAAGAUCCCGGAUUACGGCCUGUAUGCCCCCGACGUGGAGUUCCAGUGCCAGCACCUGCACCUGCACACGCGGGGCCGCGCCAUGUACGCCGUGGCCGUGGCGCUGUGCCGGGCCCUGGCCUGGGGUUACUUUGCCAGCCUCAGGCUGGAGGUGCUGGCGCUGACGCGGCACCCGGAGGAUUGGAGCGUGCGGGCGCGGUGGCGCCUGACGGGGCUGCCCCUGCACCUGCUGCUGCUGCGCUGGUACCGGCGGGACAAACGGACCCUGCUGAGGUCCUACGACGCCCUCUCCACCUUCUUCCUCAACUCCCAGGGGCUCAUCCGCUGCCACCGCGUGGACAAGCUGAUGCCAGCCCCCACGGCCGUCCCCGAGCCCAAGAAGCUGCUGGUGGCCGCGGCGCUGGCGGUGGCGCUGGCCCGGCCCUGAGGCCGCCGCCGAGGUGACAGGGACACCUGUGUCCCCUCCCCGCCCAACCUUUGUCACCUGUGUCCCCUCCCCCCCUUAAAUUAAUGUACAGAAUAAAGGAGCAGCGGUGACACGGGGACAGCGGCGUCCCCGAGCGCGGGGGGGCUCUAUUGGGCUGUCCC